AUGCCAUCGGGAUCCACUCCCGUUAUCCACAUUGAGCGCAUUGUUGGAGUUGGAUCCAUUGUUGGAGUGGCCGGCAAUCAUUGUGUUCCAGAGCGUCAUGUCUGGAUUGGCGAUGCCGGAGAAGAGAGCCUGCACUCACUGGAGCUGCCCGGUCUUGGAAUAGACGUUGAACAUCACCGUGAGGGACAGCUGAUCUGGCUGUGUGGUCGCGGACUGGACCAUGGAAAAGAAGACGAGCAGUCCUUUUGCUUAGGGACCAAGGGUUAUGGUGAGGAUGUCUCAAAGGAACAAGAGCAUUCUCAACAGCACCAAAGAGUCGACACAAUGCGAACCAAGCAAACAUCCCAGGCAGAAACCGUCAUCCUUUCUCAAAAUCUCGAGUGGCAAUUCAAUGACGAUGUCAAGAGUUGGACUCGCACUCACGGACUUUGCAACUUUGCAGAACGAAUGGAAGGGUAUCUCAUGAAUCAAGUGAGCAACGAGAAGGCUCACUUGAUGGCUCUCGCCACUGGCCAGAUUGGACUUAAAGAUUCGGAGGUGGCAGCAGCUCUAUGUCUCCCAGACGAAGGCGAGCCAGUCUCUGCUCCACGCACAUGGGCUUUAAGUCACGACAUCAUGAAAGAUCCCGAGAGCUACAACUCGGCGCUUAGUUUGCAAUUCUCCAAUGUCAAGGACGAGCUCUACAAAAUAUUCAAGUUCCUUGUUCUCAACCUGGAAUUUCGGAAGACUGCUACGACAGUGAGCAGAUCCGUGGCCUUCAUUUACGAGGAUCUUCAAGCUGGGAAGAAAGUGGAUUUAGCAGGAUAUGUGAUCCCGAAGUUUCGCAGGGAACUUAAGAAGGUGGCAGGAGAACUCAAUGUGAAGAAAUGUGUGAGGACACUGGUACUACCGUAUGUCCGAGCCAUCAUCACGCACAGAAGUCAAGCCAUGGGGAUCUACAGUCCACCACCUCUGCUUCCGCAGCACAUAGCCACAAAAAGUUCAAAACGCCAUGCUGAAGAACACUUGGUGAACACCAAGAGGAAAAAGGUCCAACAAAAGACAGUAGCAACUCCACGAAGAAAGACACAGGGACAAGGCCGAAGAAAUGUUGCGCCUCCACAGAUUGAUAGUGACAAUAGUGAUGUGCAAACAAUCCAGCACACGGUGCCGAGACAACAACCAACGAGAACCUCUAGAUCCAAAACAAAACGGCAGCAGAGUUCGGCACCAACACAGCCAUCAACGAGGAGCUUGCAGCCUCCUAGCUCACUGCAGCCGGAUUUGCCACCAUCACCACCGCAGGAACCGGCACAACCUCUGUCUCCAGGUACAACAAUUCCAGUGGAUGAUCACAUUUUGCUGAUGCAGGAUAUUCUUGAAAAUCCUGAGACAGUUACAAAUCCACCAUCCGUUGAGCAGGGGCACAACACUUUUUACGAACCACCCACGGAGCAGACUGCCGAGCAACACCAGCCUCAGCAGCAGCAGCCUCCACCGUUGCAGCCCGUCAAGCAGCACCAACAUUCGUUGCCACAGCCUGCUGAGCAGCCAUCUUCACCACACCAGCGUGCUGAGGAGCAGCCAUCUUUGCCGCAGCCAACUGAGUUACAGCAGCCAGCUGAGUCGCAACAGACAUUUGCUCCAGACACCACUACCGACAACAUGCAGCCUCCUCGUUCAGCAAUGCAACGCCAAUUUCAUCAUGAGCGCGUGAACAACAAGCGCCACCACUACAAUUCGGAGCAGCAGGAGCAUCAUCAUCAGGACCAGCAGCAGCCGAAAGUGAUCCGUCCCAUGCCUACAAACUUCCUGGAGCAGUACCAUAACUCCAACAUGGCGGUGUACACACGGGACGGAAUGGAGAGCUUCUUCCGCAAUGUUUUUGCACGCCCACACGAGGAGAAAAUGGCGAGCAUGGCUCAAGAACUCGAUCAGGUAAAGGGAAUCCUUCGCACUAUACAGGCUCACGGACUCCCAACACCAAACACCUGCCGAGAAUCUUUCGAGUUAGCGCAGUAG